AUGGUCUACCGCGCCGGUGGUUCUUCUAGAAAGUUUGCGAAGAGUCAAUGGGAGCUCCAGCAGGGCAUCAUCCCUUCGAAUGUCAACGGGUGGCACCAUCCGCAGGACCUACCAGGAUCUUAUCGCGGCGCAGGUAGACAGCCGGUUGCGUUGCGUCAAUUGCAUCCUGACGGAAAACAAGCCGAUCGAAUACGAAAAUUAUCUUGCGGAAACUUUGACGAUGUGGAAAUUUCUAGUGCGCUGUUAUGUCACUUUGACAUCCAUCUGACGCACAAUAACUUUGAUUCGGCGGCAUGGAUAGUUACUUUCCUCUUCAUCCUGAACUUGGAGUUGAACUCGGUUUCAGGUUUAGUUUGCAAGCAACCUCCCCCCGUAGAGAGAAAUACUACAGAACCCUGGUUACAACCCUGUGGUACUGUGCUCACGAGUGCCGCGACGAGCCGCAAUCAGUCGCAACGGCACUACCUGCACCAAUCCUUGAAGAAAGUGCGACUAAAGACGCGAGUCGCGAAUUACUCCCACAUAUGUUUCAAAAAGGAGAGGCAGAAGAUAUACAAGAAUACUGUACGCAUGCAAAGACGGCAGUACAAAUUUAAUUGGUUGCCCAAGGAGCAGCUCACGUGGUAUUGUAAAAAAAUUUUGUGUCUGGAAAAGGAGCAGAAACCUCAACGUUUUCUUCCAUAUUUAUACGAUAAUCUUCAAAGAUUCGCCAUUACGUUUCAUGAACUUCAAAAAUUUCAUCUUAACUCAAGUGUCGAAAUCACUGACAUUAUACACAUUCGGGACUGGAUGAUGAAUGUAACAUUUAAUCAGAUUCUUCAGAUGCUGUGCGAGGUUGAGACCGCUAUGUAUAAUUUGCAAAUUGAUCUUCCUCCUCCUCACAAUACAACGAUAAUAACACCUGAAUUUUGGUCUAAAGAGGGCGGCGUAACUCAAAUGUUGAUUCAAGACUGGGGGGUGUUGAAAAUAUACGGCGAUUUUGUGUAUGAUUGGACAUUAGGAAUGAACAACAUUUUAAAUGCGACGUUACCCGAUACUUGCAAAAUUAGAUCACAUGACAAAAAUCCUAAAAGGCGGUGCAUUCUUAAGAAAAGGCAUUUAAAAUUGUUGAAAAUGAAAAAAAGCAGAAUGUUAAAAAAGCAGAAUUUGCGUCGAAAUAGUUCCUCGAAUCGAAUAUCGAGGAGAAAACUAUUCAAUUUGGAAUAAUUAAAAGAAAUCUGUACAAACGAGUAUAUAUUAUGUUUCGAAUUUAAGGAAUCUUUGCGUUUAAAAAUAAGGGAAUUUUAGGCGAUAGGGAACGUCUUAAAGUCUUUAUUUUUAUACCUAGAGCCAUUUUUAUAUUUUUUUUUCCAUUUAAUAUCGAUAAGAUCUGCUGAUCGUUUAAAGACACAUCGCUCUUUACAGCCUUACAGUAUCGAACAUAUACUUAUAUCAUACUAACAUAACUUCGAUAUUUAUUCCAUCGUCGCGAUCAUUCAUUCAGAUAUAUAGUUUUACUCGUUUAACAUUUUUCGUAAGUUCGUCAAUAGAGAACCGUGCCUGAUAUUGUAUUAAGAUUAGAUAUCUCAACAGCCGUGAAAAACAUUCAUUUAAUUUGAUAAAUAUCUUUCCAGUAUCUAAUAUCGCGGAUCAGGUUUUGAUUAUGGUAAUACAAGUUUUUUUUUAUCGAUAACACGGCAUACUAGAGACCACAGUAUUAAGAGAUCUACUUUAGAACAGUAUUAUAUACAUCUAAUAACAUACAGAAUGCCGACAUGGCCGAUAACAUUGAUAAAAAUGUUUCGAAAUACCCGGUGCAUAUUUUCAAAUCGAUUAGAUUCAUGAAAUAUCGAUCCAAUAAAUUACAGCCGCGGCUGUAAGUGCAUCUGAAACUCGCAAUCGUAUCGUGCGUAUGAAAAAGCAUAUCAAAAGAUCAUUCUCAGGCACUCAGCUAUCCGAAGACAACGAAAAAUAUGUUAUGGAAAUGCGUAUUGGAAAGAGAGGAAAGUAAAAGAAAAAGGAUAAGUUUACAGACACAUUUCGCACGUUCGAUCGGCCGUCUUGCGCAUGAUAUUUAUAUCGAUAUGCUAACAUAGAUUAUAAGGCUUACGAUCAAAACGGUUUAUUAUACAGAUACGAGGCUCCAUUAAAUCGACGAAAUCUAUGCGAUAUACAUGCAGGUAUCGAUAGCAUGUGAAAGGAUCAACGACGAGUUUUUAGGCUGUUCAUGAAAUCUAUUUAUUCUAGCUUUACCUAGCAUACUUAAGCGAAUGGCGAGCUUAAUAUUGUUUAGCUGUGAUAUCCCGAGUGUACACGGACAUACAGAGUUCCUACGUUUAUACAUAGGUGAAUAUACAUAUAUAUGUAUAUAUAUAUAUACAUAUAUAUGUAUAUUCACCUAUGUAUAAACGUAGGAACUCUGUAUGUCCGUGUACACUCGGGAUAUCACAGCUAAACAAUAUUAAGCUCGCCAUUCGCUUAAGUAUGCUAGGUAAAGCUAGAAUAAAUAGAUUUCAUGAACAGCCUAAAAACUCGUCGUUGAUCCUUUCACAUGCUAUCGAUACCUGCAUGUAUAUCGCAUAGAUUUCGUCGAUUUAAUGGAGCCUCGUAUCUGUAUAAUAAACCGUUUUGAUCGUAAGCCUUAUAAUCUAUGUUAGCAUAUCGAUAUAAAUAUCAUGCGCAAGACGGCCGAUCGAACGUGCGAAAUGUGUCUGUAAACUUAUCCUUUUUCUUUUACUUUCCUCUCUUUCCAAUACGCAUUUCCAUAACAUAUUUUUCGUUGUCUUCGGAUAGCUGAGUGCCUGAGAAUGAUCUUUUGAUAUGCUUUUUCAUACGCACGAUACGAUUGCGAGUUUCAGAUGCACU